UGUCAAGUCGUCAAUUUAUUUUUAUGGCAUUUUGUUUUACGCAUUUAGAGAAAUAACAUGCUUACUUAAAAAUUGUGCCGAUAACACUAUCUUAAAUUAACGCGGAAGUGGUAUGUGCUAAAAGAAUUAGUACCAGUGACCAAAUGGGUAGUGAAUUGAAUCUUGAAUCUACGGAAUCCAGGUUUUCAUCAGUGAGUUCUUGAUGUCGCUAUCGUCUGUUAUGCCAAGAUUUCACAUUCCGUGUAGUUCUAUAUGGACCCACUAUCUCAUGCCGUUCAUUUAUCAUGUCAUUAUUGGCUUCUUAAGUACAGUUAGCAGGACAUGGAUUGGAACUGUUAUAUCCAUUAUAUGGAAUUGGACCGGAGGGUGGUUCAGCUGGACUCGCCAGUCAGAUGCGAUGCUACGAAAUGUUGAGAAAAAAAUAUUAUCAUGUUUGAAAACAGCGUACAAACGUUUCUACGUGGACAUAGGAAGUGUUGUGGGCCAAAGCGACAAAAUAUGGACUAUAUCACUGAACGAGGAGUCUCCCAAGACUCCGCUAGUAUUGCUGCACGGGAUGGGCGCAGGUCUAGCGCUGUGGUGCCCUAACCUAGACUCCUUCGCAGCCACGAGGCCAGUGUACGCCAUCGAUUUACUAGGUUUUGGUCGAAGUUCCCGACCUAAGUUCGCGUGCGAUGCCCAGAAGGCCGAAGCACAAUGGGUCGAGUCUGUGGAGGAGUGGCGGCGUGAGGUCAACCUCGGACAGUUCAUACUGCUGGGACACAGUCUCGGAGGUUACAUCGCUACGGCAUACGCUAUUAAGUACCCAGAGAGAGUUCGUCACUUAGUGCUAGCUGAUCCUUGGGGCUUCGCUGAGCGUCCACAGAAUGCGUACGAGAAGGCACAGCUACCUCUCUGGGUCAGAGCCAUCGCCACUGCAGUACAACCACUUAACCCUCUCUGGGCAGUCAGGGCGGCGGGCCCAGCCGGCAAGUGGCUGGUCAGUAAGACCCGUCCUGAUAUUUCGAGGAAGUACCUCAACUAUGUACCCGACGCCGAGAGGGUUAUACCUGAAUAUAUCUACCAGUGUAACUCACAAACGCCUAGUGGUGAAAGUGCCUUCCAUACUCUGAUGACUGGAUUCGGUUGGGCGAAGAACCCGAUGGUCCGUCGAGUGGACGAGCUGGACCCGGCCCUGCCCAUCACAGUACUGUACGGGUCCCGGUCCUGGGUCGACAACAGCAGUGGACAGGUGCUAGUCGAGCACCGCGGACCUAGCAAUACUUUUGUACAGGUAAUCAAUGGCGCCGGUCACCAUGUGUACCUAGACAAACCUGAACUUUUCAACAAGUUUGUAUUAGACGCGUGCACGCGUGCAGACGAGCAUGAUCCUAGGCCCGCGCUCAAGGCUGUCCCCGCGGAGCCCGGGACAGAGACCCCGGCGCUGCCACCGGGGGGCGAAGCACCCUCGACCACAGUCGCCGCCACCAACAAGGCGACCGCCUCAUCUGACGCAGCGCCCACAUCUUGAUGAUAAACAAAUCCUAGUUAUAUUACAAUUGUUACGCACAUUCGAUUAUGUAUAGUUGCGAUACGUUAAUGUUGUACUGUUUUAUGAGUUGAGCAUGUGUUCAUUAUGGGUACUCAAUGGAGGCUCGUAAGGUGUCCAACUAGUUCAGUAAUUUGCGUGGUGCGCCACAAUAACUGUUGGCCACUGCUAGGUUUGUCUGUCCCUUAUGUUUCCAUUGAUUACCGCACCGUAUUAAAACGAGAAUAGUUAAUAUUGUUCUGUUUUAAGAGAUCUACGAGUGUUUUCCAUUUAGUCGAUUUUUCUACAAUCGACUAAAAUCGUCCAUAUUUGUCACGUUUGUGGUAACACUAGAAUAGGCCUAAAUACGGCCGAUUGUCGUCAGCUUGGACGACGUAGUAAUUUACGAAUUAAAGUAUUAGAAGUAAUUGAAUCUUAAAGAACCUUUCUAAGAGUACUAAUACGCUUCUUUCAGACCAAUUAAAACAUAUACACAAACUACUUACAAAAUAGAUAGAUGAAAGCUAAUUAAACAAAUCUAUUUAUUUGACGGCAUGAUCACUUAAAAUAUUUGUGAGAAUUGCCUUCAAUUUGUUUUAUGUAUAUUGUAGUACAGGUUACGGGUAAAAACUAUGAUUUUGUUCAAGUUUGACUGUAAUUAAAUGUUUUAAUUAUGUUUGGAAAUAUCUAUAUUUUACUGUUAGUCAACAGAGUUUACGACACGACCAAUAUCCUAGUUUAAUUGUAAGUAUUGAUGCUGUCAAUCUGGUACUACGAAUUUUCAACGCCAAUUCCUAUUAGUGUAAAAUUACCUCUUCAAAAAAUUGAUUUUACUUAGCUAGUAUUAAAUUUUCCUCUAAACUCUUUCCUAAAUAUAAGUAAUUCUCUGUCCUCUUAUGUUCGGCAUUGCCUCUUGUAAGAAGUUUUUAUACAUAGCUUUGAGUAGCUACCGAGUACCUGCUUCCACCAGAUAAGGGAUCACAAAAUAUGAGACUUUCUAUUGUAUAGUUUUGUUAGACCGUGUGAAAUGUUGUGUGACGGCUCAAAAUUAUCAAUUUGGCUCAUUGCUAGUAUUUUUGUCAAAGUGACCUUAACAUUAGAUAUCGUUUUACUAAAAGAGGCCCCUACUUUGCUGGGUACAUAUUUGAAACACGUGACUGCCAAAAUUCAUGAAAAUAUUUUUUGUACAUUAUUUUGAGUAUUAUGCUUUAUAUUGGAAGGUGCAUCGAAUAAAUCGGAAUUAUGUGAAGCUGUACGUAACAUUUUGCGAAGAUGUUUGUCUUGCAAGCACAACGGUGUUGUUUGACUAUGUCUAGAUUAUUGCAAGUUCGUUGAGUAUUGUUGUUUAGCCACAGGCUUUUUGAUACACGGAAUGAAUUAUUAUGUAAAUAAAGAUAAUUUAUUGAAAA